CCUCCCCGCGCUCCGCCCCAAGAUGGCGCCCGGCGCUGAGGGGAGUUCCGGUGCCACCAUGGCGGCGACGCGGCUGGAGCUGAACUUGAUUCGGCUCCUGAGCCGGUGCGAGGCGCUGGCGGCGGAGCGGAGGGACCCCGAGGAGUGGCGGCUGGAGAAGUAUGUGGCUGCUCUGGAGGACAUGCUCCGGGAGCUGAAGAAGCAGUCCAGCAAGCCAGCCCCUGAACUGCUGAAUGAAUACUCUCGCAAAGUGGACUUCCUAAAGGGACUCCUAGAAGCUGAAAAAUUGUCUUCAUCCACAGAAAAGGCUCUGGCCAACCAGUUCCUGGCCCCGGGGCGCACCCCGACCACAGCCAAGGAGCGAACCCCGGCCACCAAAACCGUGCACCUGCAGACCAAGGCGCGCUGCACGGGCCAGAUGAGGAGCGAGCUGCUCGGCACAGACCCCCUGGCUGCUGAUGAUUCUGAGGAGUUGAACAUAAGGAGGCGAAAAGGCCUCCCAUCAGACGAGAAGCAGUCGGCAGUGGAGCUGGAUGCUGUGCUGCAGCAUCACCAGGACAUGCAGGAGAAGCUGGCUGAGGAAAUGCUCAGCUUGGCUCGCAGCCUCAAAAACAACACCCUGGCUGCCCAGAACGUGAUCAAACAGGACAACCAGACACUGUCACACUCCCUCAGGAUGGCAGACCAGAACUUCGAGAAGCUCAAGGAUGAAUCCGACCGCCUGGAACAGCACGCCAAGAAAUCUGUCAACUGGCUGCUGUGGAUAAUGCUGAUUGUAGUUUGUUUUAUAUUCAUCAGCAUGAUUCUCUUCAUCAGGAUUUUUCCCAAACUGAAAUGAAAAUUUUAUUUUACUUAAAGCUGGCUGUAGUGCAGUGGGAAAGCUCAGCUGGUGUGAGAACUGUCACAGUCUUAGAGGCUGUGCAAGGCCUGCCUUGCAUCUCCCAGUGGAGGAAGGCUUUCCUGAGGAAGGCUUUCCACACUUCCAUUCUUGUUUACUUGGUGACUCUUGUUGCCUCUUGCAACAACAGUCAGCCUGGGAGGUAAGGAUGAGAAUUUACACUGAGCUGCUAACAAGUUCUUUAGUGGAUAAAUACAUUUUUAAUGUGUUUGUGACAAAUGUUAUGGCUCCUAAAAGGCAUUUAGUCAAUACAAAGUUAAAUAACAGUUGAAGUCUUACAUUCUUUCCUGUGUUCACAGCUUUUCUGUACUGACCUAGGAGCUUGCUGCCAACAGGAUAUUUAAUUUCAGUUCUGUACAUACACAGCUGCAGUGUAGAAAGAGAAUUCUGCUGUUCAGGUGCUUGCUUGGCUCAGAUUCAGAGGACCAACAGGUAAAACUCUUCUCAGGCUCACAGUUUGCCCAGAUGGGUAUUUGGGACUUGGGACUUCACCAUCAUCUCCAGCUGAGAUUACCACAGGACUGGAGCUGCUUUCUGUGCAGUGUUUGCCUCCCUUUUGUGUGUGCAAAUGUUCUCACUUCUCAUUGUGGUGUUGGUGCUGUUCCAUGAAGGAAACGCCGUGACCCUGCCACCUUCCACGUGUACACACAGUGCUGCAGGUGGCACAGACCUCACCUGUGCAAACACGCUUGUGCUGCAAGAUGAGGGCAAAGGAAGGUGGUGUCUUCAAGAUGGAAAUAAUAAUUUAAAAAAUUCAGCUUUUUUUUUCAGCAAAUUAUCCCUGUUGUCUUAAGAGCUCACUAAAAUAAAACACAGAAAAAAGAAACUCAUAUUUUUCAAACACUGGUGCUGCUAGAAAAACUUGGAGAGUGUAGUAAAGCAGGGUUUGUGUGACAGCCCAGUGUAGUAUGCCACUCACUCAUGGAUUAUCAAAUGAAUAAUUAUAUUAUGAAGUAUAGCUUUUAAUUCCAGGUACUCAGAUAUCUGCAAUGUACUCCUGUUCUACUUACCUUGAAUUUAGAGAAAUUUAUAGUUGUAGCAAUCAAUUUAUGGACAUUUCUGCUUUUCCCAGUUGUUUUCCUUCAUGUGUAUGUAAUGGUUGACAUUUCACUGUGCUUCAUUAGUCAAUGCUGUGUCACCAAAUUAUUUUUUCAAUUCUGAUUGUUCACUACUUUCCCUGCAGGCAUUUCAGUGCCAAGCCCUUCUCUUAGAGGCUGAGGGUGAUGCUGGAAUGGUUUUUGUGUGUGAGAUUUUGGGAUGCAACAUUAAUGCUUCAUUGUCCAUAACACUGUCCUCUUUAUUACUUGAAAUAAAUUAUUUUUUUCUAGUUUACAAAA